AUGACGAUACCGAUUGAAAUACGCAAAGACGGCGAGGAGCUCGAUGCGGAGACCUCGAGCGCGCGGGUGAACGCGCGCCUUGACGAGACUACGGCGGAGAUGCGGGAGGCCUGGCGGACGGCUGCGAUGCGCCGCAGCUCCAGACCCAGACACGCCAUCACCGAGAAACACAUCUUCGUCGCCGUCCCGCCGAUGCACGGUCUCAGCGAAUUCGCGCAUCCAGGCAAUUGCUGCAAUAUUACCUCAGACAGCUAUGGUGCCGGCGCCAGUCCUACCAGCCCUACCUCGCCAACGCGCAAUGCCGCUGGGACGAUUGUGGGGUACUCGAUAUCCGCGCAGCCGCUGUAUCAGCACCAUCAGCAGCAACGGUAG